AUGGGAAAGGGGGAAUGCCCGGAGGAUGCAGGCUUCGAAGACGAAGUCACGCUUCUGAGCAAGUUCAGGCAUCCGCAUCUGGUGACACUCCUCGGGUGGGGUCAACAUUGCUUGCAGCGUUACCUCGUGUAUGAGUUUCUCUCUGGCGGGGACGUGUUCCAAAGGCUUCACAAGUGUCACUGUGGGCAGCAAGGCUUCCCCUGGCACGACAGGCUGAGUGUCCUCCUUGAUGCUGCUAGCGGCUUGUCCCACAUGCACAACGCCACACCAAAGGCAUUCCACCGCGAUAUCAAGUCGGUGUGCUUCUUAUCCUGUGUCAGCUGCCUUCACAUGGGGGGCGCGAGCAUCGAGCUGGGCUGUGGAAUGUGGGAGCAGAUGGCACGUCGAGCAGGAAACGCGUGGCAAUUGAGAUGUGCCCAAAGAAAACCGAUUACCAACAAGGCUGGCAGCUUUGAGGCCGGGGACGUUGGAAUCAACAGCUUCUUGGGCAAGCACCCAGGAUUUGCUGGAGACUUUCAGAAGCAGUCUUAUGAUUUCUUGGUGCGUGAGCUUGACGUGCGGAACGUACCAGCGAAGCUGGCUACACACUGUACUCCGGCUGAUUUGCUGAUGUUGUCGAAGAAGUGUGACCCCUCGGCACAUGUUUGGUUUACCCUUGCCAAGCAGAGGCUAACAACUCCAGAGGCAAUCGCCAAGCUGGCCCGAGCCUUUCAAGUGCCUUCCAAAACCUUCAGCUUUUGCGGCAUGAAGGACCGCUGGGGUAUUACGGCGCAGCGGAUCAGCUUCCCCAGCAGCGCUCUAGUCCACGAGCCGCAGGUGAGCCUUUUCGACAGCAUGGCUGUCGGCAAUGCCUCCCCCGAAGCACACAAAGCAAGGCUGGGUGGACAUGGUGGCAAUGAGUUUACUGUCGUGCUGCGUCGUGUCACAACCGACGUGUCGUCUGACACCCUGGACAUGUGCAUUGAUGCACUCAAGUCUGGCUUCCCAAACUAUUUUGGCCUGCAGCGCUUUGGUACUGGCGUCGUGCCCUCAUCCGAGAUGGGUGUAGCGCUCCUGCAGAAGAACUUCCAGCAAGUGGUGGAGCUGCUUUUGGGCUCGCGCGCACGUCGAGGGACGACAUUCCAAGCGUACUGUGAGGCCAGCAGAGGCAACUUUCGUGAAGCUCUCGCUCUGACUCCGACUUCCUGUCUAUUGGAGACUUCUGUCCUCCAGUACCUGUCCGAACACCCUGGCGAUUACAAGGGCGCCAUCAAGUGCGUGCCACGUCACUUGCGUCUCCUGUGGUGUCGCUCCGUGGCAUCUCAGGUCUGGAACAAGGUAGUGUCCCUUCGACUACAGCAAGACAUGAGAGUUCUGAAAGGGGAUUGGGUGGCUGCCAACAGUGAUGACUGUGCAGCUUCUGUGUGGCCAGCAGAGGUGAGACCCCUGAAACAAGGCGAGGAAUCCUGUACACCGUUGUCGAAGGUGCUUGUGCCGGUGCUGGGGUUUGCAGCCAAACUGCCGGAUAACGAAUCGAAACAUUUGCACAGCCAUGUGCUACGAGAGAUGGGCCUUGACCUCCGUGUCUUCGCCGAGCCAGAGUGCAAGGAUGGUAUUUCAAUGCCUGGUGGCUAUCGCCCGCUUAUUUGCCGACCAUCCCAACUGACAGUGAGAAUGCUCGCGUAUCCUGGAAAUGAGAGAUCCGAGGCUAAGGCCCGUCUCGUUUCAACCGACCUAGACCAGAUGCUCGAAGAUGAGCCGAUGGCCUCCAGCAUGCGACCCUUGUCCUCGGCAAAGCUCCGAGAGCCGACGGAGCACUUGGCUUUGGUGCUCGAGUUUCGCCUGCCUCGGGCAAGCUAUGCUACCAUGGCAAUCCGAGAGCUGAUGAAAGGAUGCCCUGUGGGUCUCUCGUACCAGUAG